GAUAUUUUCUUUCUCGACAAAUAUAACACACCCAUAUAACUUAGUCACUUCAAAAUGUAUAAUCAAAACAAUCCACCUAACUAUCCCUAUUAUUCACAACAACAACAUUCGACUUCUCCUCCUCCAUUACAACACCCAAUUCCCACUCACCCACCUAUUCAAAUGCGAGACCCUCCGUCUUCACCCUCUCCUCCUACGCAACAGAGAAUGACGCAUCAACAACAACAUAUUCCACAUCAACAUCCGCAUCAACAUCCACAUCAGCAACAUAUACAACAAGUAUCAACCGAUUAUAAUAUGUGGAAUGAUGCUACCACGCAAAUGGGAAUGCAAUUUGGGAGAUCUGCAAUGAUGGCAGGAAGUGAAUAUGUCGAGAAAAAUAUUAACCGAUAUGUUAAUUAUCCUGCUUUAAAAUAUUAUUUUAAAGUAAAUAAUUCAUAUGUAGCUCAUAAAAUAAGAUUGUUGUUAUUUCCAUGGAGACAUCGACCAUGGUCACGACUUGUCAAACGAUCUGAACAAAAUGGACAAAUGGAAGGAUAUAAACCACCCAGAGACGAUAUAAAUUCACCAGAUUUAUAUAUACCGGUAAUGGCGCUUGUAACAUAUGUGCUGCUUACAGGAAUUGUUGCCGGCACUGAACACAAAUUUCAUCCGAGAGAUUUGGGAGUAAAUGCUACAACUGCAUUUUUCCUUAUGAUUCUAGAACUGGCUUUUAUAAAAGGAGGAUGUUACUUAUUAAAUAUUACUUCUGAAACUAGUAUAUUGGAUGUAUUGGCAUAUUCAGGAUAUAAGUUUAUUGGUGUUAUCAUUACUUUGCUUGUUAGUUUAAUAGCGCCUUUUUGGAUUGUUUUAGCAACUUUCAUCUAUACAGUUGCAGCAAAUGGGUUUUUCUUGUUACGGUCACUUAAAUAUGUUGUUUUGCCUGAUACAACAACAACAAAUACUGUCAAUGUUCCACAACGACAAAGAAGAAUUCAUUUUCUUUUCCUCGUAGCGGCUCUUCAAUUUGUCUUUAUGUAUUUCCUUAUAAAAUAAUUUAUUUAGAAGAGAGAAAAAACUUUUUUAUAUUUGGAAUAAUGUGAUAAUAUUAAAAAAUCUUUAUGAUUUGUAAUUAAAAUGAUUUUUAUUAUUUAUAUGUGUAUAAUAAAUUUAUCAGUCUUAUAAUUU